CAUGGGUUCACACCUUAGAGUAGACCACCAAUGAGUCCUCUGACCUCGGAUAUCAACAAUUGCAUAAGGGUAUCUUAAGUAAACGGGGUUUUCACCAACAGAGCAUGCCACAUCUGUUCUUUUAGCCAUGCAACAGCAUGGCAACCAAGCGAUUUAUUAUAGAGAUUUCUGGCAGAGACAUUCUUAGCCGCAGGUUUACAAAAGCCAUGUGAAUCAACUUUUUUGUUGGCUAUUUGAUAUAAUAAACAGCUUAGAACAAUUCACAGCCUAAGUGUAUCAAAACGACACAGAAGGCAGUAAUAGCACUUUGGUCAAUAGUGUAGCAUGAAUCGGUGAAUACGGAUCAGCUAAAAGCGCUCUUAUGAGGCAACCAUGUUUGCUCUCAUGACCAAUUUAUUGCCGACGAACAUAUGGCCAAUAUUUUGUCUCACGUCAUUGCAGGGGGAAAACAAACAUCAUGCAAUGUUAGUAGCAAAUCUAAGGCAGAGCCACUUCGCCAGCUAUGCAAACGUACUUGGACAAUAUCAGAAGAGGAGUGCUUGCUCCCCGGGUAUAUAAAGCACAUCAGGCUUAUCGGUGCGUGCACUCCUUACUUUCAUUUGGAGAUAUUUCAUUAACUGUGCGGUGUCUUAACGCAAGCUGCACCACUUACCCUCUUCCGUCAGCCGCCAGAGGAUUGCCAAACUGGUGCAGCAACUUUACUGCAUCAAAUGCCCCAGAACAUGUCGUUGACCAACACAAAGACGGGCUUUUCAGUAAAGGACAUUUUGGACCUCCCUGAUACUAACGAUGAAGAAGGAUCUAUCACCGGGACUGAGGAAGAUACGGAGGGUUCUGAGGCGACUAAAACGCCUGGAGUGCUAGUGCAAAGUCCUUUAGAGAAUGUUCAAAACCUGCCUUUAAAGAAUCCAUUUUAUGAUAAUAGCGACAAUCCUUAUACCAGAUGGCUCGCAACUACGGACAGCAUCCAAUACUCAUUACACGGCCUAUCCGCAAACUCUCAAGACUCGUCUGCAAAAUCUCCGGAACCUUCAGCCGACGAAUCGCCGGACAAUGACAAGGAAACUUCGAGCAACGGCAGCGACUCUGGUAAGAAGCGCAAAAGGAGGGUGCUCUUUUCCAAGGCACAAACUUACGAACUCGAGCGCCGGUUUAGGCAACAGAGAUAUCUGUCGGCCCCGGAGAGGGAGCAUCUCGCCAGUUUGAUCCGCCUGACUCCAACCCAAGUGAAAAUCUGGUUCCAGAACCAUCGGUACAAAAUGAAGAGAGCCCGGGCGGAGAAAGGUAUGGAAGUGACCCAUCUCCCUUCUCCUAGGCGGGUGGCCGUGCCUGUGUUAGUCAGAGAUGGCAAACCCUGCCAUACGCUAAAAGCUCAGGACUUGGCAGCUACUUUUCAGGCUGGAAUUCCGUUCUCUGCGUAUAGCGCCCAGUCUCUCCAGCACAUGCAAUAUAACGCGCAUUACAGCGCCGCCACCACACCACAGUUCCCAACAGCACAUCACUUGGUGCAAACGCAACAGUGGACUUGGUGAACAAAUACUGACUUGCAAAUGCAGGGCUGCAUUUUAAAGACCGUGGUAAGGAGCUUUCCAAACAAAAAUACAAGACUUUUUAUUUUUGCAGCUUGACCCUUUCUCACCAAUUUAUUUUGGGGAUUGACGUGUGCGCCAUGUUUACAUGUUUUCGUUAAGAAAACCGGGUCAAGCCUCUCCCCAAAUUUAAGAAUGUUAAAGCUCUUGUGAAAUUUUGUAAAGUAUGUUUGUGUGUUGUAGAAAUGUUUUCCUUUUGUCCUUCGUGUUAUAAGCACGUGCAAAACCACUUUAUGAUUAUAGAAAAUUUUAUUUCUUUCUUUUACAAUGGACCGAAUAUAUUUAUGGCCAUGAAUAAACAUUGGCAAUCUUUAGCUUA